AUCAAGAAUAGUUUUAUCAUUUUCGAAUUUAGUGCAACGAUCGCAAAGCAAAUGAAAGCGGCAACACUGUCCGAAGAUCAUCAAUUGUUGAUGAUGUGUUUGACAUUUCUCGCUGUUGUGUUGGUUGUUAGAUUUAUUUACACAAUAUAAAAUGUCGAACAAAUUCGACGGCUUCAGUCAGGAUGAGAUAAAGAAAGUUUCUGGAGGUUCCACUAGCAGAAGUAAUCAAGGCCAGCAAAUAGCGGAGGCAAUAAAGCCAGCAUUUCGAGGACAGCAUGGAGGUAUAAGACGUAUGCCUGAAAAGUGGUCAAGAUCAGUUGAAUCUCAAAGGAAAGAAAUGAAAAGUUCUCAGUCAUCGAAAUCUGUGCCUACGGGUUUACUAAGCAAUAAACCAGAAAAAAAUAUUGUAACGGUAAAUGAUACCUUGGAAGACAUCAACCUUGAUGGCAGCAUGUCCAAAUCAAUUGAGGAGGCGCUGUUCUACCAACCCAUCUGUAAAUUAGCUGUAAAGUCAAACGGUGCAAGCAACAAUCUCCAUACCACAGAAUCAGAUGAAUCUUCAAUAUUGAAGCUUCCAACCGGAGACAAUAAUGUAUCUUCCACAUCUACAAAUGAGGCAGAUGACUCUUCAAUACUUCCAACAGCACAAGAGUCAAAAGUCUCUAAACCCACUAUGGACCUGCUGAACACCGAUUCUCCCUUUAGAGGAAUGUCUCUGAGAGAAUUUGAAACGCAGCGUAAAUUGAUCGAGGAGCAAAAUAAGCAGAAGAAGGAGCUAUUGCACAAAGCUAUAGAAUUACAUUCACAAAAAACCGCUGCGGAGGCACGGAAAAUUUCUGAAAUCAAAGAGGAACUUGCCAAAUUGGACAAUGACCUGGCGCUUGAUGUGUCAAUACUACGCAAGCAAAUUGAUAAUGCCUGUAUCUAUUUUUCGCAAGUCGAGAAACAGUAUAUCAAAAUAGAGGCUCAAUUCUUAAAAGCAAAAAUAGAUUUACAUAAUGCGGCAGAGAAAAAGGAGCUGCUCACUGAGCAUUUAUAUACCGUAAUUGCUCAUAAUGAAGAUCGCAAAGCGCAAAAGCUCUCGGAACUUAUGCAGAAAGUUGGUUUAACCGAAACGGGGGACUUGGACGUAAGAACUAAAUAUGCAAUGAAUGGUGAAAAUCAUGAAAGUCAAGAGAAGUAAAAUUCUAUAAAAUUAUGUAUAUAUAUGAUAUAUUUCCAGAACUAACUACUUAUAUAUUUACAAUAAUUUUUUACUAGUAUAAAUAUGUGUAACUUAUCCAAUAAUUCAAAAGUUUAAAUAUCCCGCUUUGUAUUUAACAAAAUGUAGGCAUAUAUUACCCAUAAUUAGAUGUAUUUAUAUUAAAAGUUGUUAUGUAUUUAUUAAAGAUGGAUACAAUUUCCAUAC